AUGGCCGGCCGUGCUCCUGCAACCCCACAAGAAAUUGAUGCCCAUAUUGAAGAAGUAAGGAUGAGAGGGACCAUCUCUAGAGGGAGUCCAUCUAGAGAAGAAGAACCAGAAGAUCUGGUGAAAGCAAUCAUCCCCUUUGUUUCUAUUCAGGAUACUGAUUCAUCUUCUAAAAUAGUGGAAGAAGGAACAUCAUCACAGGAUGUGCCCACAGGUGUCAAGAACAUAGAUGAUCUCCUAAGAUGGGCUAGGGUAGAAGAUGAUGUAGAAGAAGAAGCAAGUUCAGCUCAAGCAGAAGAGGCUAUUGGGGAAAGAAAUACAGAUGCUCCCACUAGUACUGAAGAAGAGGUUGCUGCUAUUCUAAGUGAAAUUUUUGGUGAUAUACACCAGCAUACUGGUGCACCUGUAGAUACAGACCCUGUCACAGCACAAGUUACAACAUCUCCUGCAACAUCAGAUAGUUCACAUAGUUCUGAUGAGAUCCUACUCAAAGAUCGUGUUUCUAAGAUCAUUAGAGAAAAGAAGGCAGUGUUAGGGAAGAAAGGAACCAUUUGGAAAGAAGGCAAUGUCAGGAAUAAAAGUAGUGUCCGGAAAGAAGUCCCAGAAGAAGGAGAAUCUUCAAAGAAGAAAUUCAAGACUGUUGCUGAGAGAGGACUCAUCGUUGAAAGGGUAAUAGAUGAAGUUGCUUUUAAGAAGUAUGUGUUGACUGAGCUACUGCAAGAGAGGAGUCCAUACAAGUCUGUGACAUUUGCUGAAAGUUACAGCUUACCUUUAGUACAGGAAUUUUAUAGCAGUCUAUUACCAUCUGACAAGGGCAUCACCAAAGUUUACAUUUGGGGAAAGUGGAUUCCUUUUACCUCAACUUGUCUGAACAGAUUUCUAGAGUUCAAAUCUGAAGUGAAAGAAAACUAUGAAAAAGGGCUUGAAUUGAAUGAGGAUGUUCUGAAAGAGAUUAUUGGAGGAAGGACAGAGUCAUGGGGAGAAGAGACAAGACUUCCAACCUCCACCCUCAUAGCUAAGUACAACGUUCUCAUAGUGAAGGAGCUUGCAAUUUUAUUGUAUGCUAUUGGAACUGAAAAGAAGUUCAAUCUAGGAAGGAAGAGAAAAGCAGUCACAGUAGUGAAGAAGCUGAAGAUCUCUCAAAAACUAUUUACCCUAGAUAAGAAAAUUGAUCUACCUAUAGGAAGGAUGUCACCACCAUCAAUGUCUGAAGAUGCUGAAGAGAAGUCAGUCUGGGUGCAAAAGCAGUUAUGUCAAAUUAUGCCAAAGGGGGAGAUUGUUAGUGCAACUGCACUAUUAUUGACAUGA